AUGCUGAUAGCUUCUAGGAGCCACAGCAUUGUGACUGAAUUCAUCCUUCUGGGCUUCAUGGAAUAUCCAGAGCUACGGACCCUUCUCUUCCUGGCAUUUAUCUUGAUCUACGUUGUCACAGUCUCAGGAAAUCUUGGCAUCAUCAUCCUAGCCACCCGUGAUGCACACCUUCAUACCCCAAUGUACUUUUUCCUCAGCAACCUGUCCUUGGUUGACGUUGGCUAUUCCACCACUAUCGCUCCUAGGUUGCUGAUGACAUUUCUACAAAAGAAUAGCACUAUUCCAUUCACAGAGUGUACUAUGCAGUUUUUCUUUUUCUGUCUGUUUGUCACAGUUGAAGUUUGCCUUCUAGCUGUUAUGGCUUAUGAUCGCUUUACUGCCAUUUGCAACCCAUUACUCUAUUUUGUUACCAUGUCUAAAAAGCUCUGUCUGGUGUUAGUAAUAGGUGCAUAUAUCUGUGGCUUUGUAAAUUCAGCUGCUCAGACUUCAGUGAUAUUUAGCCUGUCCUUCUGCAGCUCAAAUGUUAUCAAUCAUUUCUUUUGUGACGUUCCUCCCAUCCUGAAACUUUCCUGUUCAAGCACAGAAGUGGCUUACAUGGUGCAUUUCAUCUUUGGUACUGCAAUAAUCAUGACCACUUUGUUGAUUAUCCUCAUCUCCUAUACCUUCAUUAUUUUUGCCAUUCUGCGGAUUCGCUCUGCCCAGGGCAGAUACAAAGCUUUUUCCACUUGUGCCUCCCACCUCACAUCUGUAACAAUCUUCUAUGGGACCAUCAUCUUUAUUUAUCUGAGGCCCAAUUCUGGGGUCUUAAAGGGUGAAGAUAAAAUUGUUUCAGUGUUCUAUACUCUUGUGAUCCCGAUGCUAAAUCCAUUCAUCUACAGUCUGAGAAAUAAAGACGUGAAGGAUGCUUUCAUAAGAAUGAGAGGGAAGAUUUCAUUAAAUUAA